AUGGUAAGCGACAUUGCGGAUUUUGCGACGCAAAUAAUUUGCGCGCCAAUUGACCUUUCGUCGGGCGGUGUCGUCAACGCGGUGCGGCGUUGGGACGUGCGGCGGUGCGGCGGCGGCGACGGCGACGGGCGCGGUCGCAGUUCGCAGCUUCGCCAACACAAUCUAUAUAUAGCCGCACGACAACAUACUCCGUACUUCGACCGAGCAGCCGCGUGGGGCCGGCUACGUAGGCAGUUUCCUUUAUCACCCGCCCGUCAGCCUCCAGGCUGGAAAAUACGAAAGCCUAGC